AUGAAGUACCUGGCCGCUUACGCCCUAAUCAGUCUCUCCGGGAAGACACCCUCGAAGGCUGAUGUGGAAGCAGUCCUGAAAGCUGCUGGUGUCCCUGUCGACUCUUCUCGCGUUGAGGAGCUUCUUUCCGAAGUUGAAGGAAAAGACUUCGAUGCCCUCUGUGCUGAGGGUAAGGCAAAACUUGUUGGAGGAGUCACCGCCGGUGGAGCAGCCCCUUCAGGUGGUGCUGCCGCUCCCGCGGCUGCUGCUAGCGCCCCUGCUGCAGCUGCUGCCGAAGCUGAGGAAGAAGACGAUGACGAUAUGGGUUUCGGGCUCUUUGACUAG